ACAUGCCCGGGCGGCCCCGGGGACACCCGCAAUAGUCCUCGCUGUCGGCGGCGCUGGGCGGGGAGCGGCGGGCGAGCUGCCCCCUCCUCUCCCCCCCCUCCUCCUCCUCCCCAUGGAGGGGCCGUACGCGCUGGGGGUGAGCGUGUUCUCGGACCAGGGCGGCAGGAAAUACAUGGAGGACGUGACCCACAUCGUGGUGGAGCCCGAGCCCCGCCAGGGCCGCACAAAGGCGGAGCGGCGCCCGCAGGCCCCGGCGCCGCCGAGCCCCCGGCCGAGGGCGGGCGGCGCCGGGGGGGGGGGGCCCCCCCGGGCGGCCGAGGGGGGAGCGCAGCCCCCCGGCAGCGGCCCCGGGCGGCGGCCCCGCCGCUCCGUCGCGUUCUUCGCCGUGUGCGACGGGCACGGCGGGCGGGAGGCGGCCCAGUUCGCCCGGGAGAACCUGUGGGGCUUCAUCAAGAAGCAGAAGGGCUUCGGCUCGGCCGAGCCGGCCGAGGUGUGCGCGGCCCUGCGCAAGGGCUUCAUCGCCUGCCACCGCGCCAUGUGGAAAAAGCUGCCAGAGUGGCCCAAGACCAUGACGGGCCUGCCCAGCACGUCGGGGACGACGGCGAGCGUGGUGAUCAUCCGGGGCUCCAAGAUGUACGUGGCCCACGUGGGGGACUCAGGGGUGGUGCUGGGAGUCCAGGAUGACCCCAAGGACGACUUUGUGAGAGCUGUGGAGGUCACACAGGACCACAAGCCAGAGCUGCCCAAAGAGAGGGAGAGAAUCGAAGGCCUUGGGGGCAGCGUGAUCAACAAGUCCGGAGUGAACCGUGUGGUGUGGAAGAGGCCCCGGCUGAGCCACAACGGCCCCGUUCGCCGCAGCACCGUCAUCGACCAGAUCCCCUUCCUGGCCGUGGCCAGAGCCCUGGGUGACCUCUGGAGCUACGACUUCUACAGUGGGGAGUUUGUGGUGUCCCCUGAGCCCGACACGAGCGUUCACACCAUCGACCCCCAGAAACACAGAUACAUCAUCCUGGGCAGUGACGGGCUCUGGAACAUGAUCCCACCCCAGGAUGCCAUCUCCAUGUGCCAGGAUCACGAGGAGAAGAAGUACUUCGUGGGAGAGCACCGGCAGUCGUGUGCCAAGAUGCUGGUGAGCCGCGCCCUGGGCCGCUGGAGGCAGCGGAUGCUGCGGGCGGACAACACGAGCGCCAUCGUGAUCUGCAUCCACCCCCCUCGCGACAGCCAGAGCCCCUGGGAGCACGAGGAGGAGCUGUACCUCAACCUGGCCGAGGGGCCCUGCUACAGCAGCCCUGACACCAACAGCAUGAGCCCCUCCCGCUGCUGCACCCCCCCUGUCAAGCUUUCGGAAGAUGAGCCGUGGCCCCGCCUGAGCUCCGCCGAGCCCGUCCCUCCCCUCCUGCACAGCCCCGCGCUCCCAGACAAGUACCUGGAGCUGCCAACCGAGAUUGCCAAAAGCAGCGUCGCUCCCUCGGGAGGAGCCCCGAAGGAUUCCGGCCCCCAGGAGGAGAAGUGCAGCAAAGCGCUGGCUCUGCGGACACAGGAAUCCUACGGCCACGGCCUGUCGGUCAGCCUGGCCGCCUCCAACUCAGGCACGGACCAAAAAGGCUUCAAGGUGUCCCCUGGCGGCCAAACUAAAGCGCAGGAGGCGGAGAAAACGCCGGCGGCGAACUUUAAAAGGACCUUGGAGGAAUCCAACUCGGGCCCGGCGGUGAAGAAGCCGCGGCGGGGGCUGGGCCGGGCGCUGGGCCCGCAGGGGGAGGCCCCGGCCCGCAGGACCCCCGGCAAGCUGGCCAUGAGGCGCAGCCUGAGGGGGCAGAAGAAGCUCAGCCCCGGCCUCUUCCACCCGCCCAGGAAAGCCGUGUGCGUGUGCUGAGGGGCAGACAGGAGGCUCUGAGCGGCUGCAGGAAGUUUUUGAAACUCUUUUAUCUUUUUUUAAUAAAAGUAGAAACUUUUUUUGGUAUCCGACAGCUUUAUUCCCUCCCCACACCCCUCCCGGCCUUGUACUUGCUUGUAUUAUAACUGUGAAUUUUGUAGAUGUGUAGGGUAUAAGUCACUGUAAAAUGUGUGUAAAUUUGUAUUCCUUCAUAUAAAUGUAGUCUCUUUUUUUUUUUUUUCUUCCUUGUAUAAUUGUUUGAAACCCUUGUUUUAAAAAAGGAAAAAAAAAAAAAAAACACCCAAAAAAUGAAUCCUUUUUGUUAAUUUACUAAAGUCAUCGAUUUGUAUACGCUUCUUGUGAGGAGAAUUUCACAGCUUUUUAACUAAAGUAAAUUAUUAAACAGAAUGGGAGAUAUGUAUUUUCGUAGUCCAAUAUGUUCCACCUAAGGUGUGUCUUUUAGAGAAUACACUAGGUCUAUAUUUUGGUUUUAAAUUUUAGAUUUCUCUACUCAGAAGUGAAAUGUAUGUGGAAGCAGAGCUUUGGGUCUUGCUUUACACACCUCCAUGUCGAUUUUAUGUUCAUUAAAAUACUAUGCAGUAUCUUUAUUUAGUUGUAUUUUUUUUUGUAACGAUGAUCGUCAAAAGUAUUUAGCAAAAAAAAAAAAAAAAAGUGUGUUUUAAAAAAAAAAACUCCAACUCCCCCAGAGCAUCCAACAAAGCCAUUCCCAUCCCCUGUCCCAAAUGAUGGCAUUUUAUCCAGGCAUAACUGCCCUUUGGAGACGUGUUUUCUGGUAUUCCAAUACUGAUGGUGCUGCUAAUACCUUUCAACACAAGUUCUUAAAUUAUUUUAUGACUUAUUUUCAUUGACUGUGUGGACCAUGUGUAUGUUCACCUCAAUAAAACACAUGAAAAUC